AUGUAUAUUCAUCAUAUAAUCCCAUCGAAGGUCGGCCCGAUUAGGAAUCAUUUUACUAGACAUCUAAAAUAUAGAACAUAUAAAAAAAAUACCGUGUUAAUCCAAGUCGGCGCAUUAGCGAAUAUUCUGGCACCCCACACAAAACUUCUUGGGGAUGCAUCAUCAUUCCACCCACUUCCACUUCAUCCCUCUUACCAUCCCCCCUACAACCCUUUUUUAACGGCGAUCACCCCUCCCGACUUCAUCAUGGAUCAAGCAAAGUUGGCUAGAAUGCAGGCGAGCGUUCGCAUCGGUACUGGCAAGGGUACUCCCCGUCGCAAGGUCAAGAAGGUCGUCCGCAACUCUGGCGCCGAUGACAAGAAGCUCCAGGCCGCCCUCAAGAAGCUGAACGUCCAGCCCAUCCAGGGCAUUGAGGAGGUCAACAUGUUCAAGGAGGACGGCAACGUCAUCCACUUCGCCAACCCCCGUGUCCACGGUGCCGUCCCCUCCAACACCUUCGCCCUCUACGGCAACGGUGAGGAGAAGGAGCUCACCGAGCUCGUCCCCAACAUUCUCAACCAGCUUGGCCCCGACUCCCUCGCUUCCCUCCGUAAGCUCGCCGAGAGCUACCAGAACAUGCAGAAGCAGCAGGGUGAUAAGAAGGACGACGAGGAGGAUGAUAUCCCCGACCUCGUCGACGGCGAGAACUUCGAGACUAAGGAAUAAAUACGCCUAGAUGCGAACUAAAUCGAGUCUUUAAAAACUUUCGUCUAUGAUCAAUGAAAUAUAAGCUCUGGUCUGAGUUGUUUUUUGUUGAGUCUUUUU